CGAAAAACCCACGGCAGAAUCUUUUCCAUUCCACUCUCUCUCUCUGAAUUUUUUUUUUUCUGAGGAAAAAAAAGACACUUCUCCCUCACACUGCAUCACAUAUCUAUGUUCUCUAUAUAUAUAGAUCUCACCAUCUCUGCUGGUUUCAUUUCACACUUCCGUCCAUUGAACGUAAGAUUACAGAGAAAGAAAGGGGGAGGAGAAUCUGAGUUUUUGAAGACGGAUAAGAAAUGGGUUCGGUCCCUCCUGAUCUGAGCUUGGAUUUUAGGCCUACUUAUGUGCCCAAAACGAUUAGUGAUUUCCUCAAGGAGGUAUCGUUGAUCGGAGACGUUUCUGAGAAGGUUUCGAAACUUGACGGUUUUGUCAAGGGUUUGGAAGAGGAAAUGAACAAGAUCGAUGCGUUUAAGCGAGAGCUCCCUCUUUGCAUGCUUCUAUUGAAUGAUGCAAUUCUAUUUUUGAAGGCAGAGUCAAUACAGUAUGCAGCAUCAAAUAAUCCACCAAUUUUAGAAGAAUUCAUUCCAUUGAAGAAAAACUGUGAUGAUGAUGAUGAUGAUGAUGAACAAGAUGGUCGAAUCAAUAAGGAAAAAGACUCCAGAGACAAGAAAAAUUGGAUGAGCUCUGUUCAGCUAUGGAAUACUAAUGAUCAUCCAUCUACUAAUUACAUCUUUGAUAAAAAACAAAGUCUCAAACUAGAAUCUAAGAUAACUAAGAGAGGAAAUCAAUAUGAAAAAGAGGAUACAUUCCAGGUCUGCAAUAGCAGGAGUGCAGCAAGAGCAUUUAUGCCAUUUAAGACCUACUCUGGUUUAUCAAGGAAUGAUGAUAAUGAUAAUAAUAGUAAUGGAGAAUUGCCGGUUCCUGGCCUUUCUCUUUUAACUCCAGGAAUCAAGAACUUUAGGGAAGAAUCUAGCUCUACAAGUUCAAGAAUCAGUUGCAGUAGAGCAGUUUCAUCUUCUGCCCCUAAUCCUCAUUCUAAUUUACAAAAUGGUCCACAACCGCAUCAGCAACAGACUGCUAGGAAGCAGAGGAGGUGCUGGUCCCCGGAGUUGCAUCGCCGGUUUGUCAAUGCUCUGCAACAACUUGGAGGCUCUCAAGCUGCUACUCCAAAGCAGAUUAGAGAACUAAUGCAAGUUGAUGGCUUGACCAAUGAUGAAGUGAAGAGUCAUUUGCAAAAAUACCGACUCCAUACGCGAAGAAUGCCACCAGCAACAGCUGCCUCUGCAAACCAAUCUGUAGUUGUUUUGGGGGGUUUGUGGAUGUCCAAAGAUCAGUAUGGUGACUCCAUGAAGGCUACCAGUUCCCAGUCUGGCUCUCCUCAAGGUCCCCUGCAAUUUGCAGGAAACACUGGAGGAACCUCUACCACUGGAGGCGAUAGCAUGGAAGAUGAUGAGGAUGCUAAAUCUGAGGGCUAUAGCUGGAAGAGUCAUAUACACAGAUCAGUGAAAGAUGAUGUAUAGUGUAUCCACCAUGAAUUUUGCAGAUAAAAAUUACACAUGGGGGGAUUAUAUUAGUAAAAGGGAAAAAAUUAAUAAUACUUAAAAUCACAUAAUGGAGUGGAAUCUUAAGAGUGAGAGGCUGUGGAAUUUUGCAGGAUUAGCUUUCCUUGUGUCUUAAAAUUGAGUUCUGUAUUUUCUCGGAAUUGAUAUAAAAAAUUUCUUGGAUAACUGAUUCAAGUUAGCUCUAGUUUGCUUGAAGACUUUCCGAAAGUUCCUUACCUUGAUUUGCUUUGAGAGAAAGACAAAAUUUAAUAGAAUUCUGAGAGGGAAAAUUCAUAAUAAAUCUCCAUGGAUAGUUGGCAGAAAGGCCAAGGAAGGAAAGAAACUUUUAAGAGACACAGCUAGCUUUACACCUGGAAUUAUUCUAAGAUUCUUAGUCAUUUGUAAUUCUUUGCUGUAUCCUAAGGAAAUUAAAGGAGAAAUUAGAAACAUUUUUAAGUC